AUGGGUAGCGGCCAGCAAGAGCCCAACCAAAAUGUGUUUUCCGGUAAAACUGAGAAGAAGCGACCUAACAUUCUGUUCAUUUUCACCGAUGAUCAGGAUUACAGAAUGGAUUCACUCUCGUAUAUGCCAAAUGUUCAAAAAUAUCUUGUUGAGCAAGGCACCACGUAUACCAAUCACUAUGCCACUGUCUCUGUAUGCUGUCCUUCGCGAGUUUCGCUUUUGCGAGGGCAAUAUGCGCACAACACCAAUAUCACUCAUGUCAUGGAACCUUAUGGUGGCUACGAUAGGUUCAAUAGACUGAAGCUGGGAGAGAGCUAUCUACCUGUAUGGUUGCAAGAGGCUGGUUAUUCUACCAACUAUAUUGGCAAGCUCAUGAACGGUGUGGCCGUUCAUAAUUGGCAAACUGCGCCUAAAGGAUGGAAUUAUCAGGAUCAGUUACUAGAUCCGUAUACUUAUGUCUACAAUACCCCGGUUUUCAGCAAAGAUGGUGAAGCACCCGUCUUUUACGAAAAUGCCUACCAGACUGAUAUUAUCCAUGGAAAGGCUAAGGCAGCUCUUAAGCGAUUGAACAAUACAGAAGAACCAUUUUUUCUGUGGGUAAGCCCAAUGGCUCCUCAUGGACAAUUCCAAAUACACAGUGAGAAUCCCAUAAACAUCACAACGGAGCCUCCUAUUUCAGCUGAGAGACACAAGAACUUAUUUGAAGAUGUGAAAGUUCCAAGAACUCCAAAUUUCAACCCUGAUGUUCAAGGAAAGACAGCAUCCUACUUCAACGAUAUGCCAAAGCUGACAGAUGAGCAAGUUGAAUUCCUUGAUCACACGUAUAGAAGAAGAUUGCGUGCACUUCAGGCAGUAGAUGAGAUGGUUGGUGCCUUAUUUGAGCAACUGGAAGAGCAAGGGCAAUUGGAUAAUACCUACGUAUUUUAUUCGGCUGAUAAUGGUUAUCAUCUUGGUCACCAUCGCGCGUUGGCAGGAAAGACUACCAACAUGGAGGAGGACAUCAAUGUUCCACUUCUCAUCAGAGGCCCUGGUAUUCCCAAGGGAGCUAUUAGCGACCUUGUAAGCACACAUGAAAGUUUAGCUCCGACUUUCCUAGCACUGGCCAAUGGUGAAGACAAACUGCCUUCUUGGGUUGAUGGUGGUGUUAUGCCAAUCACUCCAGCUUUGCAAAACCAUCCUCUUCAAGCUUCUACAGAAACAUUCUCUGUUGAAUUCUGGUCUGAUAACAUUGCUUGGGAGAACGACGAAAACCUUUUUGUCCCUGGAGUAAACACUUACAAGACUCUUCGUGUCAUUGGUCCUACCUAUGAUUACUCUUACGCCGUUUGGUGUACUGGUGAACAUGAAUUGUUCAACCUCAAGUCGGACCCUUAUCAAACUCAAAACAUUUACAAUCAAGCAACCGAUCGCUUCAUUAACAGAUUGGAUGCCCUUCUUCUUGUCUUAAAGUCCUGCAAGGCUGGUAACUGCCGUAACCCUUGGAAGGUUCUUCAUGACAGAGGUGGAGUUCAAUCUCUUCCCGAGGCUCUCAGCAAAGACCAAGAUGACUUUUAUGCCACUUUGCCCAAAGUCAAAUACGAUCAUUGUACUGGCUACUAUGAUUAUGAUAAUGAGUCUCCUCAUUUCGGUGAUCAAGCAACAGCGAUCAAUAACCCUUCAAGACGACCUGAGAGAGUGAUCCCGCCCCAAGACAUUGUGGAUUUAUUCAACUUGCUCCCCGUCCCCGAGUCAACUGGACAUACCAUGGUUGACGAUGACUUUGAAGCCAUAGCCAAACCUGUUCCAGAACAAUUGAUGAAUACUGUCGUAGACUGGUCAAGAUAUGGAUUUUACAGUUAUGGGUCGUAA